AUGGCGUCGCAAGUGGACGAGCUCGCGAAGAAGGCCGCGGGCCUCAAGGUGGCGCGCGUGCCGAACACGCCGCAGGGCUGGCCCGCGAAGAAGAUCCGCGACACCUUCGUCCAGCGCGCCGGCGGCGCCCGAGGCCACACGCACUGGCCGUCGAGCAGCGUCGUGCCGCACGAGGACCCGACGCUGCUCUUCGCCAACGCGGGCAUGAACCAGUACAAGAGCAUCUUCCUCGGCCUCGCGCCGCGCCGAAAACGGAGACGGGCGACUCCGGAUGAUUACAACACACCCUUACCUAUUCCGAGCUUCGGCGGCACGAUCGACCCGAAGACGAAGAUGGCGACGCUCAAGCGCGCGUGCAACUCGCAGAAGUGCAUCCGCGCCGGCGGCAAGCACAACGACCUCGACGACGUGGGCAAGGACCUCUACCACCACACGUUCUUCGAGAUGUUGGGCAAUUGGUCCUUCGGCGACUACUUCAAGGAGGAGGCGAUCCGCAUGGCCUGGGAGUGCCUCACGGUCGAGUUCCAGCUCGACCCGGACCGCCUCUACGUGACCUACUUCGGGGGCGACGCGCUCAAGGCGCCGGGCGUGCCGAGCGACGAGGAGACGCGGCAGAUAUGGCUCAAGUACGUCCCCGCGGAGCGCGUGCUGCCCUUCGACGCGGGCGACAACUUCUGGGAGAUGGGCGACACGGGCCCCUGCGGCCCCUGCACGGAGAUCCACUACGACCGCGUCGGCGGGCGCGACGCCGCGGCGCUCGUGAACAUGGACGACCCGGACGUCAUCGAGAUCUGGAACAACGUCUUCAUCCAGUACAACCGCGACAAGUUCGGCCUCAAGGAGCUGCCGGCGCAGCACGUCGACACGGGCAUGGGCUUCGAGCGCCUCGCGUCCAUCCUCCAGGGCCAGAUGUCCAACUACGACACCGACAUCUUCACGCCGCUCUUCGCGGAGAUCCAAGCGGUUUCCGGCUGCCCCGUCGCCUACGCGGGCAAGAUCGGCGACGAGGACAAAGAGACCAAGGACAUGGCCUACCGCGUCGUCGCGGACCACGUGCGCACGCUGACCUUCGCCAUCACUGACGGCGCCGUGCCCGACACGCAGGGCCGCGGCUACGUGCUCCGGCGCGUGCUGCGCCGCGCGGUCUGGUACGGCCAGCACUUCCUCGGCGCGCCCAAGGGCUUCGUGUACAAGCUCGUGCCCAAGCUCUGCGAGGUCCUGGGCGAGGCCUUCCCCGAGAUCGUCAAGGCCAAGGACACGGUCAUGGCCGUGUUGGAGGGCGAGGAGCGCGACUUCAACCGGACCAUCGACAAGGGUGCGCGGUUCUUCAACAAGCAGGCGGAGAAGCUGCCCAAGGGGGCGCCCUUCCCCGGGUCCGACGCCUUCGUGCUCUCCGGGUCCCUGGGCUUCCCGCUGGACCUGUGCGAGAUCAUGGCCGAGGAGCGCGGCAUGACGGUGGACGUCGCGGGCUACCACGCGGCUUUAAAGGAGGAGCAGGACAAGAACGCGGCGGCGCUCGCGAAGCGCAAGGCCGCGCGGUCCGCGGGCGCCGACAUGACCUGCGCGGCGGAGCAGACGGCCGCGCUCGCGGCCGCGGGCGCGCCCAAGACGGAGUCCGAGGGCAAGUACGUCUGGAACGCGCGCCCGGCGGCCAAGGUCGUCGCGCUCUACGUCGGCAAGGGCGGCGGGCCCAAGGGCGACGGCUUGGUGGACGCCGUGGACCCGUCGAAGCACGCCGUGGCCGGCGCGGUCCUCGACGCGACGUCGUUCUACGCCGAAAUGGGCGGCCAGGUCUACGACACGGGCGCGCUCUUGAAGGACGACGCGAAGAUCCUCGACGUCGAGGACGUCCAGGUCUACGGCGGCUACGUCGUCCACGUCGGCGCGCCGUUGGGGCCGCUGAAGGUCGGCGACGACGUCGCCUGCGCGGUCGACUACGACCGGCGCGUCCGCGUGGCCCCGAACCACACGAUGACGCACGUGCUCAACUUCGCGCUGCGCGAGGUGCUGCUGGGCGGCAGCGAGGGCGCCAAGGCCGACGCGGAGAAGACGGGCGUGGACCGCUGCGCGCAGCGCGGGUCCUACGUCGACGACGAGCGGCUCCGCUUCGACUUCGCGUGGGACGCGCCGCUGACGGCGGACCAGCUCAAGGCCGUCGAGGCCAUCGUCAACGAGACCAUCGCCGCGGGCUUGGUCGUCGACGCCGUGGAGACGCCUUUGGACGCGGCCAUGGCCGUCGAGAGCCUCCGCGCGAUGAAGGGCGAGGCGUACCCGGAUCCCGUCCGCGUCGUCGCCGUCGGCGCGCCCGUCGCGGACGUCGUCGCGGCGCCCUGCGGCGCCGCCUGGCGGGGCAUGUCCGUCGAGCUCUGCGGCGGCACGCACGUGCGCAACACGAAGGACGCCGUGGGCUUCGCGCUGCUCGAGGAGAACGGCAUCGCCAAGGGCGUGCGCCGCGUCGUCGCCGCGACGCGCGAGAAGGCCGCGGCGGCCCACGCGGCGGCGACGGAGAUCCGCGAGCGGCUGGCCAUGCUCGGCGCCAUGCCCCUGGCGACGCCGGACCACAUCGCGGCCGUCGGCGAGACCGUCAAGGCGCUGAAGUUGGAUGUGGACGCGGCGACGAUGCCGCAGCACGAGAAGAUGGCCGCGCGCGAGGAGGUGCAGAAGCUCAUCGCAGGGCCCCUCAAGGCGGCCCAGAAGGCCGACGCGAAGAAGAAGGCCGACGCCGCCGUGGGGGCCUUCCAGGCCUUGGCGGAGUCGAACGCGUCGGGCGCGGUCGCCGCGCGCGUCGACUUCGGCGCGGACGCCAAGCUCUGGCAGAAGCUCCAGAAGUCGACGCUCGCCAAGGUCGCGCCGGCGGGCUCCUUCCUCGUCGUCUCCGACGCCGGCGACAAGAUCGCCAUCUACGCGGCCGCGUGCCAGGCGCACGUCGACGCGGGCCUCGACUGCCGCGCGUGGUGCGCGGCCGCGGGCGACGCCGCGGGCGGCGGCAAGGGCGGCGGCAAGCCCAACGGCUCCAACAUGGUCGUCCUCGCCGCCGGCGCCGACAAGAUCGACGCCGCGCUCGCCGCGGCGAAGGCCUUCGCCGCCAAGUACUAGUCGCGGCCACCCGCGGCCCAAAGUAAGAUGACCGUCCCCC